GGAGGACAUUGGGAAUGGAACCCUGCCUCGCGUGAUGGUAGAGACAUCUAGUGACAAAGGGAAAUAAAAAAUUGUGCUUUUUUCGACCGAUUAUGUUCGGUGUUAGUGACUCGUUCGCGUAUCAUUUCAACUGGAAUCUAAUGCAACGAUUACAUCGAAAUAACGUCGCUAAAUUAGAAGAAUGCGAGGUGUGUGCGGCACAAAAAGCCAAAUAUACUUGUCCAAAAUGUGAGGUUAGAACGUGCAGUCUCACAUGUGUAAACAUACAUAAAAAAGAACUUAAGUGCGAUGGGAUCAGGGACAAGACGAAAUUUAUACCUCUCAAUAAUUUCUCUGACCUCGACCUCCUCAGUGAUUACAGGUUACUGGAAGAAGUUGGUCGAUCCGUUGACCAACUUCAAAGGGAUCCUUCCAAAAAAUGCACUCGAACGAACAAUCUCUCAGUGCCCUUACAAAAGUUAAGAGGAGCUGCACAUCGAAGUGGAGUCAGAUUAGAGUUUAUGCCACAAAACUUCAGCAGACACAAAGACAACACAACGUUUUUCAACUGGAAGACAAAUGAAUUAUUUUGGAGAAUAGAAUGGAUAUUUCCACAAGCAGAAAAUGCAAAAUGGAUCACCAAAAGAGUUCACGAAUCAACCAGACUCUCCGACGUCAUUCAGACUAUCUUAGAUCCUGUUAAUUCAGACCAUGAGAGUUUUAAAGACGAAGAUCUAAACACUCGAGAAAUCCUCCAAAACCGACUGCAAUUUUAUCGCGCUGCCGAAUUAACGGGUAUAAAAGUUUUGAUGAAAGCUGAAAAAGUUAAAAAAUCUGGUUCGAGAUUCUACGAGCUCGACUUGACGCUUUCUCUGAAAGAAAAUUUCGCAAAGAAAACAAUAAUCGAAUUUCCUGUUAUUCACGUUAUCCUGAAGGAUCAUUUUGACAUGUACGAAAUUAUCGAUUCUGAUGAAGAAGAGACAAUGCCUGAGGAACGGUUCAGAAACGGUGACAGAAGAAAACGCAGAGAGAAUCAUAUGAAUCGAAGAGAAAAACAAAGUGUCAAGAAAGAGCCUCUGAAUUAUUUCUUCAAUGGCGAAUGUACCGAUUCAGAAGACGAAGAGAGCAAAGACAGAAAACUAGUUAAAUCAAAAUUUCCGGAAACCGGAAUACCUCAGUAUGACGAACUCGUGAGAAUGGAACUUUAAACGAAUGCUGUUUUUUACAAACGUGUACAUAAAUCUUUGGUUAUCGAAGAUAAGUGAAAAAUCUAGUAAACAAUUGAAAAUUGUUAUAUAUUUCUAGGUUUGAAAUUGUACUUUUUAUCAUCGACGUACAGUUAUUUAUAUACGACGAAAAGUGAACUAUUCUUUCGAUCUUUUUACACAAAAUUGAUUAUCCCAUUCAAUGAGCGCAAUAAAUAUACUAAUAUUCUUUUAUCUCCAUCCAAAA